AGAGAAAAUCUCUCACCCACAACCAAACACUCUCUCAUCCAAUCACCUCUUGCCACCUCAUCAUCUUCUUUCUUUCUCACCUUAUCCAUCCUCCCACCACUAAUCUCCCGUUCUCAGAAUCUAAUAACCUUCCCUCCACACAGUCCCUCUCAAUCUCUAAACCCGUAUCUUCUUCUUCGAAAUUCUCCCUUUGAAAUAACCCAGAAAUUAAUUUAAAAAAACCUCCAGAAAAUGUCUCUCACCAUUCCCACAAAUCUCUCCAAACCCUUGUUGAAACCGAGGCUUAAUUGUCAAAAAUGUUUAAAACCCAUGAUCUCAUGCUCUGCCGCUCCAACUCCUGAUCAGAAACCCUCUCCUCCGCCGCUUCAGGCCUUCUCUGCCGCGUUGGCGCUCUCCUCCAUCCUCCUUUCCGCCCCGCUCCCGGCUGUCGCUGACAUUUCCGGGCUUACCCCGUGCAAGGAGUCGAAACAGUUUGCGAAACGUGAGAAGCAACAGAUAAAGAAGCUUGAAUCCUCGUUGAAACUCUAUGCACCAGACAGUGCGCCAGCUUUGGCCAUCAAAGCGACGGUGGAGAAGACGAAGCGGAGAUUCGAUAACUACGGCAAACAGGGGUUGCUUUGCGGGUCGGAUGGUUUGCCCCAUUUGAUUGUGAGCGGCGAUCAGAGACACUGGGGCGAGUUCAUUACACCGGGGAUUUUGUUCCUGUACAUUGCCGGCUGGAUCGGGUGGGUUGGACGAAGCUACUUGAUUGCCAUCAGGGAUGAGAAGAAGCCGGCGAUGAAGGAGAUUAUUAUCGACGUUCCGUUGGCUUCUCGGUUGCUCUUCAGAGGUUUCAUUUGGCCGGUUGCUGCUUGGAGAGAGCUCGUUAAUGGUGACCUUGUUGUCAAGGACGUCUAAUCCAAUCGCCUCUUCAGAUAGUGAUGGAGAAUAUGAAAAGGAGGAGAUUAGAAAAUGAAUUUGAUUGAUUAGUGCUAAAUUUUCAGUAUUUAUUUUGUAAACUUAGUUGUAUGUGUGUAUGUAUGAAUAUAUGUAUGUAUGUAUGUAUGCAUGCAUGUAAUGCUGGUCUUCAAAAUCAGAAGCAUCCUCUUUACCAUCCAAUUUUUAUAUGUGAAAUAUGAACAUAAUCAAUCGGCAAUCCUAGAUCUAUUUUAGCAUUUAA